GCUUUUUGUACACAGCGUAUAUUCUUCAUUCCGGCAAGACUUGGAGUUUUCCGUCUCUACGGACGUAUUCCUUUCGGCCUUGUUGCUGUGCAUUCCGUUUUAUUUUCUACGAGAAGUGUCAGAAACCAGCGGGCCCGUAACUUUUCCGGGUUUGAUUACUCUGGAUUGAGGUGCUGUAUGAAGUCACGUGAAGUCCCCUCUGACAAGGCCGGCUUGUUACGUUCUCCUUCAGUUCCAAUGAAGACAGACCCAGAAGAGAUAGCAGCUCUCUACAGGGAGUACAGUCGUUUUCCUUCUCUGUCCAAAGCUAGUAUCGGACCACUAAUCACUUCCCAGUAUGGAGGCAAAUACUGCAACAUUUACACAGAGUGGAGUCAGCGGGACCUGGAACGCAAUGAGAAUGUGAAAUUCUGCAGACAGUACAUUGUGUUUCAUGAUGACAAGUCUAUUGUCUAUACCGCCCCAUCUGGAAACUGUACUGAGAUUAAGGGAGAGCUGAUAAGCAGAGAAUCUCCUUCCGGUGCAAUGAAAGCAGUCAUCCGAGAUUGUACAGUGAAAGGAGAGGAAAAGCAGUUUCUUGAGAUCUGGAACAAUAAUUGCAAAGAGAAGAGCAUCUGUCUGUCAGCUCUGAAGAAACAUGGCAAAGUUUAUGAAGAUGAUCAGUUUGGUUGUCUGGUAUGGUCUCAUUCUGAGACACACCUGUUGUAUGUGGCAGAGAAAAAGCGCCCAAAGACAGAAUCCUUCUUUCAGACUGAGCCCCCCGAACUUAGUUCUACUGGUGAUGAGUAUGACAGCCCUAAAACAGGCAUUAAGGGUGACCAGUUUGUAUUUUAUGAAGACUGGGGAGAGGCCUUAGUACAUAAAAGCAAUCCUGUCCUGUGUGUCUUGGAUAUCGAGAGCAGCAACAUAUCUGUUCUGGAGGGCAUCCCAGAUAACAUCUCUCCUGGACAGGCAUUCUGGGCUCCAAGCGACACAGGUGUGGUUUUUGUAGGCUGGUGGCAUGAACCUUUCAGACUUGGACUCAAGCAUUGUCCAAACCGACGGUCUUCACUGUUUUAUGUGGAUUUGAGGGGAGGCAAAUGUGAGCAGCUUUCCACAAAUUCAGAUGCUGUAUUCUCUCCACGCCUUAGUCCAGAUCAGUGCAGAAUUGUCUACCUGCAAUGUGGAGUUUUUGGGCCACAUCAGCAGUGCAACCAAUUAAUUAUGUAUGACUGGUACACAAAGAAGACUUCAACAGUAGUGGACAUCAUCAACAGACCUAGACCAGAUGGUUUUACAGGGAUCUAUACUUCAUCUCUUCCAUCAUUCUGCUGGUCAGCUGAUAGUCAGUGUGUCCUCUUGGAUUCUCCACAAAAAAGCAGAAAGGAGCUAUUAGCUGUGGAUAUAAAUACUGGAAAUGUGAUAUCACUUACAUCUGGUUCAGAUCUUGGGAGUUGGACACUGCUGACAAUUAGCCGAGACCUUAUGGUUGCCAGCUGCUCAUCACCAAACUGCCCUCCAAGUCUGAAACUUGGUUUCCUCCCACCAAUUGGAUCAGAGGAAAGGGUAAACUGGGUGUCGCUGGAGGAGCUGAGACCCAUUCCCGAUAUAGAGUGGCGCAUAUUAAACUUUCAGCCUCCUCCAGAGCAGGAAAACCAACACUACCGUGAUCUGGAAUAUGAGGGUUUGUUUCUUAAACCAAAAAACUCAAAUCCUAACCAAAAAUUGCCUUUAAUUGUCAUUCCGCAUGGUGGGCCACACUCUGUGUUCGUAACUGAGUGGCAGUUAUCCCCUGCAGUCCUUUGUAGGAUGGGCUUUGCUCUUCUCUUGGUGAAUUACAGAGGAUCUAUAGGAUUUGGACAAGACAACAUUCUUUCACUACCUGGGAAUAUUGGAGACCAGGAUGUCAAGGAUGUACAGCACUCAGUGGAAAGUACCUUGAAAAUGGAGUCACUUGAUGAGCAGAAAGUGGCAGUGAGUGGUGGCUCUCAUGGUGGUUUCCUGGCUUGCCAUCUGAUUGGCCAGUACCCUUCAUUUUACAAAGCCUGUGUAUCCAGAAACCCAGUGACCAAUCUGGCUUCCAUGGUUGGAAGCACAGAUAUUCCUGACUGGUGUAUAGUAGAAACAGGAUUUAACUACAGCCCUAACUGCCUGCCCGACCCAGCUGUAUGGAAACAAAUGCUAGACAAGUCACCAAUGAAGUACAUUUCUCAGGUAAAGACUCCAGUUUUGUUAACACUAGGCGAGGACGAUAAAAGAGUUCCAAACAAACAGGGAAUUGAGUACUAUCGAGCUCUGAAAGCACGGGAGAUUUCAGUCCGGUUGCUGUGGUACCCAGAAAAUAACCAUUCACUUUCAAAGGUGGAUGCCGAGUCUGAUGGAUUCAUGAACAUAGCACUUUGGAUUAUUCAGCAUCUUCAGCUUUGAUAUCAAGGACACUGCACAUAAAAAAUAUAAAAUGUUCCUCAGUAGUAACACUAACGUCUACAAUUUGCUUAUCAAAGAGGUAGCGUAUCUCUCAGUGCCAGUCCAGAAGGGUGCAUAUGCCUCCUUUAUUUGAGUUUUACAACUUGGAGAUUCUUUUACUCACUUGAACUUUAGUUUCAAUCUUGCUUCAGUUAUUCUCAGUGGCACUUUUACUGUUAACUAUUUGUGAUUUUGUAAGAUUUGAAAGAUGCAACGCUAUUAAAAAAAGUUUGGCUAAUUCAGAGCAGAUAGCCUUCCAAUCAAGGUGCACCUCAACCAAUGAAUUCUUUACCUUCUGUUUGUAGCAGGUUUCAGUAAUAGUGCAACUUUUCAAAGACGGUAUAACCCAGGAAAAGAAAACUUAAUAAAAACCUCAAAAGACAUGCCAAUAGAGGAUACCUCUGCAGUGCCUGUACACUGUUUGGAAAUUGCUGGUAUCUAAAGAGUUAAUAAAAAUGCUAACUAAUGAUGACAUGUUCACGUCAA